CACAAUUCUUCACUUCCUUCACAUUCAUUCCUCCCUUUUUAAACAAACUCACUUUUAAACUUUACACCUGCUGGUUUGGACGGCUUAUCGAUCGCAUCCUUACGUCUGUCUUUUUGACGAUCCUUUCCACCAUCUGUACCUCCUCACAAACAACCCCCCCUGAAAUUUAAUUUACCCCGCCAUGGCCCCUCCGAAGGUCUUUUCGCUUGAGGGCAAAGGCCUCAAGCUGGACACUGCCGACGAUAUUGAGGCCCAUAUCAAGCCCUUGUUGGAGAGCACUGACUACACCGAGAUUCGCUUCGGAGGAAACACCCUGGGUGUCCCCGCCUGCGAGCGUCUGGCUGCCGUGCUGAAGACCCAGAAAAACCUCGAAGUGGCCGAGCUGGCCGACAUCUUUACCUCGCGUCUGCUGAGCGAGAUCCCCGAUGCUCUGACCUUCCUCCUGAACGCCCUUCUCGAGAUCUCGACCCUUCACACCGUCAACCUGUCCGACAAUGCCUUCGGUGCGAACCUCCAGAAGCCCCUCGUUGACUUCCUCUCCCGCCACGUGCCCCUCCGCCACCUGAUCCUCAACAACAACGGCAUGGGCCCCGAGGCCGGUUCGAACAUUGCCAAGGCCCUCACAGAGCUCGCUGAGCGCAAGGAGGAGGCUCGCAAGGCUGGAAAGGAGGUUCCUCUUCUUGAGAGCAUCGUCUGCGGUCGCAACCGCCUGGAGAACGGAAGUAUGGCUGCUUGGGCACGUGCCUACGAAGUGCACGCUGCUGGUAUGCGCUCUGUGAAGAUGACUCAGAACGGUAUCCGUCAGGAGGGUAUCUCUUUGCUGCUGCAGAAGGGUCUCGGCCAUUGCAAGGCCCUUGAGGUCGUUGACCUCCAGGAUAACACUUUCACCAUCAUGGGCUCGAUUGCUCUGGCUGGUGUCGUUGGCAACUGGUCCUCUCUCCGUGAACUGGGUGUGAGUGAUUGCUUGCUCUCUGGUCGUGGCGGUGUCAAGGUUGCUCAGGCCCUGGCUGAGGGUAAGAACGAGAAGGUUCAGACGCUGCGCCUCCAGUACAACGAGAUCACCGCCGAGGGUGUCAAGCAGUUUCUGCAUGCGACCAAGUCUGGCCUCCCUGCCUUGCGCCGUAUCGAGCUCAACGGUAACAUCUUCAUGGAGGAGGAUGACAACGUGACUGAGCUGCGCGAGAUCCUGGAGGCUCGCAAGGAAGAGCACGGCUCCGAUGAAGACCCUGAGGACAUGUGGGGUAUUGACGAACUGGACGAGCUUGAAGAGGAGGAGAGCGAGGAGGAAGAGGAAGAAGAGGAAGAGGAGGAAGAGAAGGCCGAGAAGCUCCUCAAGGACACCGAUCUGGCCGAGAACGAGAAGGUCGCCCAGAAGGAAGACAAGGACGUCGACCAGCUGGCCAGUCUUUUGGGUAAGACUGGCCUUUAAGCUCUCUUAGAUGUCCGGUCUUCUACUCACUCCGCCUUGCCUCGCCUCACACUGACAUGCCUAUACACACAUCCUCCAUUUUUGUCGCAUACCCACCCAUACCAAGUCAGUGAAUCGGCAGUGACUUUUCCGGUGCCGGGAACCAGACGCAUGGCCGUCCCAACUAUGACGAGAUGCUUAUCGGCAUCGCCCCGUCAUACCCAGCAGGAACUUAGCAUGGAGGAUAUUAUCCUCGACAUACCCCAUCCAGUCGACACGCCUGUUGGAGGUUGCCCGAGCGCCUCUCAUCCGUGAGGCCUGCCACGUAACACUGACGCAAUUCUUGGAUACAAUAAUGCCCCAGCUCCUUUUCGCUUCAAUGUUGUCAUAACAUAGCUUAUACCCGUUGGAGAGCAUUAGACCUAGACAAGAGCUUUAGCUGUUGCUAAUGAU